GGAGUAGGAGGAGAGAAUGAGCUUGGAAGCACAUGAACACCCUACUUCCUUCCCAGAAUCCUGCUGCUUCCCUUUACUGAAAAUCUGAAGGCAGUUUUGUGCUUAGAGAACUCCUUUUCUUCCUUUGGGGCCACAGUGUGGCUGGCAUCCUUCCCCUGAUCUCACCUUCCCAUCCCCCAAUCCCCACCCAGCUGAAUUAGAAUACUGUACUAUGUGUAGUUUGAACUCUUGAAUACAAAUAUAGAAGAAGCAGAAAGACAAGAGGAAGCAGUGCUUGAGCUCUGACUAGAGAAUUGCCACUUCUCUCUUCUAUAAACUUUUGAUGACACAAAUUGGAGGCACUUUCCCAAGAUGAACUUUCAAAGUCAUUUUGUAAUCAGUCACCUGCUUCUUUUGUUCUUUUAUCCAAGAGAUGCCAUGGUAGAAGAUGAUAUGGUUUGGGGCAUGCUGACCAAAUCCAUCUCUUUGGACAUCCCUAAUUUCCUGAACUACCAAAACGUAGAUGAUAUAAGGUGGUUUAAAGGGCAGACUCUGAUUGCAAAAAUAAAACUAAAUGGAGAAGAAAACAAACCCUUGGGUGAGAACACAGACUAUGAGAUAUUCAAAAAUGGAACCCUGAAAAUUAAAAAACUGGAGAAAGACUCUGGGCAAGAAUACAAGGUGUCAGUGUAUGAUAAAGAUGGGAAAAAUCUGUUGGACAAAAUAUUGAUACUGCAUGUGAUAGAGGCUGUUUCAAAGCCAGAAAUAACAUGGAAUUGCACUGAAAAAAUUGUCACUUGUGAGGUUCGGAAUGAAUCUGAUGCCGAGUUGACCUUGUUUGACAAUGAAACGCAGCCUCUGAAGAAGGGGACCUUAAAAACAGAGAAAAUGCGUCUCAAGUACACCUGGAAAUACCUACCACUAAAGGAGUUCAAAUGUGUGGUGAAAAACCGAGUCAGCGAAGACUGGGCUGUGAGCCAAAACCCCUGUACAGGUGUGCAGUUGACAGUGGAGAAAACUCUGAACAUUUAUCAUAUCCUGGGUAUUUGUGGAGGUGGGAUAAUCCUGUCAAUCUUCGUGGUUCUGCUCAUUUUCUAUUUCCUGAGGAGGAAAAAACAAAAUGAUCAAAAUGUUGAGAUGAACAUCUCAAGAGUAAAAGUGGAAGGGAGAGGACAAAAGCUUCCUCAGAGUCCAGGUCACCAUCUACAACCACAUGGUGGUCGCCAUCCUCAACAACCAGGUGGUCACCGUCCCCAGGCUCCUGGUUACCAUCCCCAGGGCCCUGGUCACCGUCUCCAGGUACCUGGUCAUAGCCCCGCAGUACCUGGUCAUCGUCCUCAGCCACAGCAGAAAAGAUCUCCAAAAGUCAAGCAGCAAACUGGCCCUCCCUUGCCCAGACCUCGGAAUCAGCAGAAGCCUUCUCAUCAGGAAAAGGAAAAAUAAUUAUUUCUCCUGAUGGAAAUGUCUCUUUGCCCCACCUUUGAACAGAAAAAAAGAUCCUUCCAAAUAAACAAUACUGCAAAAGUUAUCCUAUUCAUGGUGCAAAUUCCUAUGAGAGUUUUCUACUAUUGGGCUACUCCUUUUUCUAAGUAUCACUGGUCAUGAACCACAGGUGGGGACUUAUCUACUCUUUUGAAAGGGAGAGAGAAAAAAAUAUGAAAUGAUGGAAACCGAAGUAAUCGAAGACUUGUUGAUCUGGCCGAGUAACGUGGCCUGAUGACAGGACUACUUUGAUGUCAAAGAGGAAAAAGCAGUUGAUGUUGCAACCAUUAAGAGGAUGGAUCCUGACAUCAUUGAAAUGGACAUAGAAAGGACCCCAGGAUGACCAAUAAGCGGUUCUUGCCCUUGACAAGAGAAUUCCUUGAUGUUUUCUUGUUCGAUCCAACAAGUAAGAUACUUUGCUAGGCACUAGUUUGACAAAAAAUAAACUACAAAAUGCUCUUUGUUCUUUAAGAACUUAGAUUCUUUGGGGUUAAUACAACACAUAGACAAGUUAGUACAUGGUCAUUUGAGGAGAAAGGAAAAGGAAGAGAAAACCAAGUAAGGUGGGGUUCUAUGUUAUGGAUUCUUUUGAUAGUUUGGGGCAGCCUAUGGACCCUUCAGAAUGAUGUUUUUAAAUGAAUGAGAUAAAGAGAGAUGUAAAAGGAAGCAGUGAUGUUGAAAUGGUUAUUAACACUUCAAAAAUGUUCAUAGACCCCAAGUUACAAAUCCUUGAACUAAAGUUAUCAAAAAAAUACUUCUCCUAAGAAAUAGUACAGAAACUAAGCCUUGAAGGAAGGUAGAGAAUAAUGGAUAUUGCUUUAAAAAAAAAAGCUUUCAUACACCAUGCAGAUGUUGUGAAUACAUAUAACUAAAUGAGAAGAACCUCCUAUUGAAGAGUUUGUGUUUAUCUACUAUUUUGUGAGAAAGAAAUCAUUGUUGUGACAUUCUCAAUCUGUUCUUUGUCAGACAGAGCCCAGCAUUAAGAUGUUAGAAUAAAAUCAAGACAGACCAGGUCUAUAUAACAGGAGAAGAAAACUGGUGUCCUAGUCUAAUCAGUAGAUCUAUAAUAUUCCCCCUUUCUACCACACACACACAUACACACACACAUCCUGUGAUAUGAAACAGUAACGGGAGGUGUUGGCUUCCCAGCUUGGCUACAUAGAUAAACCACAGCAUGCUAGGAGCAACAUCACUUGGAGUUUAAAUUUGGUUCCCCUGUGCUGUUAAGAGCUGCCCUGCACAAAAAUUCUAUAAAGUGGGAAAUCAUAGUUUUUUACAGGAACACAGACAAAAAAGUAGAAGGGAAUUUGGAGGAUGUCUAGCCCAACCCCCUCAUUUUACUGAUGAGGAAACUGAGGUCCAGAGAGAUGAAAUCACUUGCCCAAAGUCAUACUAGUAGAAAACAGCAGGCCUUUGAAAGGACUUUGGUACCAUAAGGGAUCUUAAAGGCCACCUGGUCCAACUGUCUCAUUUUGCAGGUGAAGAAACCAAGCCUGAGACAGUAGGAUUCAUCUAGAGCUCCAUAGACAGUAACCAGCACAGCUGACGAUCAAACCUAGGUCUGCUGGUUCCAAAUGCAGUAAUGUUUUCAUUGUACCACUGGUUUUUUGUGAACUAAUUCAAGUCCAUUCAGCAGCAAGAAGCUAAUUAGACAGCAGAAGAGAUGAGAACGAAUUUGGUUCCAUCAAAUAGCCUUAAUGGGUCAUUGUCAAAAGCCUCCCUCUCUGUCUUCCCCACUCUAGCCAGGCCUGCAGAGAGCUUGGGGCUGACCCAUGCCCUCUGCAUGCCUUUGUUCACUCCCAUAUGGGACUUGAUAUUCAGGUACCCUGGAUCAGGGAGGAGAGAAGAAACAGGAAAGAGCAAAAAUCGUCAGUUAAAGUUCUAAAGUGGAGACAAUAAAGUCAGUUCUUUGAAACAGCAGUGUGAUAUUUGUGGUCCCAUCUCUCCCUGGGUUUCUCAGACUUGUUCAGCCUUGCCAGGAAACACUGAGGUCUAAACCACAAGCUCUCUGUGCACUUAAAACUUCCUGUAAGAGCCCUGGUAUGUGUUGAGUGCUUUGCCCACUUGAUACGAGUCUCCAAUUUGAACAUCUAGAGUCACUCAUUAAAAAAGUUAAAACCCUACAUUUAUUCAUUUGGAAUGCAAAGACAAGAACCAACAAAAUAACAACAUUAAGCCAAUCAUCUGCUCAGCUGGAUACAAGAAGACCCUAGAUCCUCUCUCUUUCCUGCAAAGGAAGAAUCCUCCCCCCUCCCCUGAGACCCAGAUCAAACUCCACCUUCUUCAAGAAGUCUUCUGUAAUCCAUCAGCAUGCAGAAAUCUCUCUCUUUCUCAGAACACCUGGUUAUCUACAUACCUUUAGUGCCUGGCACAUAGUCAUUGCUUAAUAAAUGCUUGUUGAUUAAUUGAUUCACUACUUCAUAUUAUUUACCUUCCUUUCUGAUCUUUCAAGCUAAACUGUAACUUCUCAAGGGAUGAGACUAUCAUCUAGAUUUGUAUUGGCCCACAUUGCCCAGCCCAAUAAAUCUAAAUGUUUAUUAUUACGGAUUUAAACCCAUCAAACAUCGUUCAUAUGAAAUAAAAACUUUAAUACAUCAUAUCUGUCAGUUUUGAAGUCACAGCAUACAGUAAAUACUGAAAGUCACUGCCCCAUUGGAGUUUGCUUUGCAAAGAGUCAACCACACCCAAGUAUUUUUUUUAAAAAAAGAUAAUUUUUUUUUCACCCAAGUAUUUUUAAUUCUCUUCAAACCUCAUCCACCUCAACAGACUAAAAAGAUCUUUGGAAAUAAGACUCAUAUUGAUCUGAAGUUACUAUCUCGUCUGCCUCCACUGUUUAACACAGUACAGUACUCAGUCCAAAAUAAGUACUUAGUAAAUGUGGGUGGCUAUUGUAGACCCACUUAUCCCAUCUUAUAGUCCAGUGAUUACAAUGCCAAAUGAAAAUAAAUGGUUAGGGGCAGUUAGGUGGUGCAGUGGAUAGAGAACCAGCCCUAAAGU